AUGCAGAAGUUUAGCAUCAUAAUCUCUCCUGUUUUCUUUUCCUCAGCGGAAGAAUAAGUGAAGGAGGAAACAAAAACCAAGUUAAGAUUUCCAGCCUUGCAGCAACCUGGGCAUCUUCAUAGUUUUUUGAGGACUCGAGAUCAGUUGCUUCAUGCGGGGAUUUCCUGCUUCGCAGAAAGUCUGGGUUGCGUCUCAACGCUCCGUGGCGGACACGCCCCCAAGGAGCCGCUCCGGGCUGAAGAAGCGCCUCAUAUCCGCGGAAAGGCGUCGGUGUCAUCCAGAGAGAAAAAGAAGCUCAGCGGCAAGUCAUGCCAUCGUUUUUCUUUGUCACAGCAUAAAAACAACAGCUAGUUCCAUAUCAACCCAGAUAAACAGAUAUAAAGUCGACUUUUCCUGACUCAGACUGAGUAAAAGAAGAAAGAACAAAAGAAAGUCUGCAUCCUAUCAAUGAUGACAAGUGACCAACAUAUUGUAGAAACGAUGGGUACAGAGACCAGCUCGACCUUUCUGGAUUCGGAGUUUCGCUACAUGCUCUUCCCAGUAGUGUACAGCAUCAUCUUCGUUGUGGGCUUCUUCGCCAAUCUUUAUGUGCUGUUCGUCCUGCGGUGUCUCCGUGAGGCAAAGGCCAUGGGAGAAAUACGCAUCUACAUGACCAACCUGACCAUCGCCGACCUCCUUUUUGUUUGUGCACUGCCCUUCUGGAUUGGGUACUACAGGCGUAAGGGGGAUUGGGUCUUCCAGGAUUUCAUGUGCCAGCUGGCGGGAUCGUUAUUUUUCAUCAACAAUUACGGCACCAUCCUGUUCCUGGGAGCGAUAAGCCUGAACCGGUACUGGGCGGUCUCUCGGCCUCUGGACGCAGCCUCGUCGGACCACAGGCGCCGUGGGAUCAUCGUAUGCGUCGUAAUCUGGGUGUUUACCAUUUCAUUGUCAAUCCCCUACUUCACAUCACCAGGUACCAACGACGAUGGAAACGUGACUCGAUGCUUCGAGGGGUACCACAAUCAAACGGAGGAUGAAAAGAGGAAAGUGGCAACUACGCAUUUCAUAAUAAUUGCCAUGUUUUUUGUUGUGUUUUUUCUUGUUGUCGUGUGCAAUUCCCUGAUUGCCCGAAACCUGCUUUCUCAGAAUACACUUCACUCAGAGGCUUUUUCUGACACAAUCAAGUCCAACAGGACGCUUACCUCUACGUUCAAAAGGCCCAAUAAGGCCAGAGGGGUGAAGAGGAGGGCUCUCCAGCUGCUCCUGGCGGUGGUGGGGGUGUUCGUGUUGUGCUUUAUGCCCCACCACAUCAUCCAGGGCCCCUGGGCGCUGGCCGUGCUGGACAUAAAGGAGGGCUGGGGUCACGUAAACUGGAGCCAGGACACACGGCAGGCGCUCAACGACGCCCAUCAGAUCACUUUGGUUCUGAUGGGCCUCAACUGUAUCCUGGAUCCUGUGGUGUAUUUCUUUGCCACGAGGAAGUUCAGGAGGUUCAUUGUGGAGCACAUCAAAAAGUUAUCAAGAGGGGAGGCUUGUUCCCACUCGGCGAACAUCCAACUAUCCAUGGACAGCAGGAACCACAGCCAGAGACUUCAGAGUAUCCACCCACAGCCGGAAGAGGAAUAACUCCAUGAUGGACACAAGAACACAUGAGAACCGGUGUCACAUACUCAACAGGACUUUACUGAUUUUGUUUACCUUUCUGUUUUUUUUUUAAUGUUUGCAAUUUGUCCUUUUUUUAUAGUUCCUUCACACCAAGCUUCAUUUGACCAAAAUCUGUUUUUCUACUUAUUUUUUGGACAUUUUCAUAUGAUGUUUUGCCUCUGCCUUGUGUCUACUCAUACUUUGGUGAAAAAUGCAAGCUGAUUGUGUUACUUCACUGCCAGGCACUGCACCUUGGACCACAUUUGGGUUCGCUAAAUGACUCUAGUCAUUUAAAACAAACUGUAAAGCAACAAUCGGAUAACAGAAAAUGCUCCUUGAAUGUAAUAAGCUGCUGUUUAUUAAUGACUUUUAUUUAGACUUGUCGAUCAACAUAUCUUAUCUCUCUUUAUUUUUUACUAUUUUUAAUCUUUUUUGUUCUUGUAACAAGCUGCAGGGAAUAAACUUCCACUGAAAUGGUUCAACCUUGAGUGCAGGCUAAGGUUUUCUACUUCCUUAUUUAAGUUGAUAGUGUUGUUCUGGUUUUACUAUAUCUUUUAAAAGCAUUAAAACUCCUUGAAUUUGUUGCAUUAUAAUCAUGAGAUGUAUUUUAUUGGAAUGCAGAUGGCACAGAUUGUUCUUGAUUUCAGUCCCCUGUGUGGCAAUGGUUUGUAGCAGCAGCUUUCACUCCAACUAGAACAUUUGGGACAGAACAUGGGACAGAUGGUGGGACAUCUAAUAGACAACAAAUACAUUUUAAAGAUUCACAAAUGCU